UUUUGAAAAAUAAAGAACAAAGCAAGCUUUCUCGGAGUUAGUCAACCAACAGAGGGUUCUUCGAUGGUAGACGCAAUCGCCAAACUUUGACUGAGCGAGAGGAGAGGUAGUAAUUGGCAAAAUCAAUGGCGAUCCUGUAUGCGCUGGUGGCAAGGGGCACGACGGUGCUGGCGGAGUUCAGCGCCGUAUCUGGUAACACUGGAGCAGUUGCUCGCCGGAUUCUUGAGAAGUUGCCGGCGGAUGUCGAAUCCAGAUUAUGCUUCUCGCAGGAACGUUACAUCUUCCAUAUACUCAGAUCUGACUCUCUCGCCUUCCUCUGUAUGGCCAACGAUACCUUUGGAAGAAGAAUUCCAUUUUCAUACUUGGAGGACAUCCAAAUGAGGUUUAUGAAAAACUAUGGCAAGGUGGCACCAUAUGCUCCUGCUUACGCAAUGAAUGAUGAAUUUUCAAGGGUCUUGCAUCAGCAGAUGGAGUUUUUCUCCAGUAACCCCAGUGCAGAUACACUCAACCGUGUUAGGAGUGAAGUUGGUGAGGUACGUACCAUUAUGGUGGAUAACAUUGACAAGAUAUUAGAGAGAGGUGAUAGGAUUGAGCUGCUUGUUGAUAAAACUUCAACAAUGCAAGACAGUGCCUUUCAUUUUAAGAAACAAUCUAAGCGACUUCGUAGAGCUCUUUGGAUGAAAAAUGCCAAGCUACUGGCUUUAUUGACGGCCGUGAUAUUUCUAUUAUUGUACAUAAUAGUUGCGGCUUGCUGCGGAGGCAUCACUCUGCCUUCUUGUAGAUCAUAACUUGUUUUGGUUGAGGUAUGCGAUAGACACUCUCCAAUGGUUUAUUAGUUGCAUGAGCUUCUGUUUUGUUGGAUUGUGUAUAUGAGUUCUACAUAUUGGUUUUGUGAAACCAUUUGACUUGGUCAUCGGCACCUUUCUCUUGUCCCUUUGUAAAUUACACAAAUAUCCAUCUAGUGUUGAUACUUAAAUUUUCAGGUCCAAUUUUUGU